GUUUGCGCGUUAGAAAAGACGUACAGGCGAAUUGACAGGGUGGUGUUGGUGGUUGUGUAUAAACAUAUCAAGAUUAGUAAAAUAGUAGUGGAGUGUACGCUAUACAAAUAAUCGUCGAAUUCGUGAAUGAUGUCAGAAACAGACCCCAAGUCGGUUCAAGAUCUCACGGCAGUGGUGCAGAAUUUGCUUCAACAAAUGCAAGACAAAUUUCAAACAAUGUCAGAUCAGAUAAUUGGAAGAAUUGAUGAGAUGAGCACUCGUAUUGAUGAGUUGGAAAAGAAUAUAGCAGACCUAAUGACACAAGCAGGAGUAGAAGAAAUUGAAGGGGAAAACAAGGUUGCCAAGUAACCCUAAGACCUCUUCCUGGUGGCGAUGAUCAGUUUUUCUAAGUAUUUUUUUUUUUUUUUAAAUAGUUCUGUAUGUAAGCCUUUUUUAUAUUGACUAUUGUGAUAAUGGAUGCAUUUGUGGUGCUUGGCUUUCACGCCAAGGUACAAAAUUGCACACUAAUUCAUUUAGUUUAAAUUAAAAAUGAAAAUUAAUGAUUGAGUGCUUCUUUUGUUGAAGGCAGUUGUGGAACCAUUAAGAAUAGUGCAUACACCUUGAACUGGAGCGACAAAGAAAGGUUAAUCAAAAUGGAUAGUUUACUAUUUAAUGUUCUUUAUACUUUAUCAGACUCUUUGACUAUCUUGCUGUAGAGCAGGUAACUGUGGGAAUGUGAACAGAAAUGAUUGUAUUUUUGGGGACUGUUUUCAAUUUUCUCUUUCUAUAGUAAAGUGUGAUUAUUUUUUACCACUAUAGAGCUUUCUUGUGCUCUGGCAAAAUAACUUCGUUAACUUUCAAUAAUGUCAGUAAAGCUUCUCUUUUUAAGGUGUUGCAAAAUUUGCUCAUGUUUCAAAAACACCAUUUUGUAUAAUAGUAAGGACCAAAUACUUGAGCCAUAAUUGAUACCCUGUGUGCAGUGUUUUUUUUUUAAAUUAAUGGCAUCACCCUCAGCAGGGCACUGGUGUUUUGGAGGCUGUCAUGAUAACAGUGGGUAUAAAGACUGAAAUAAUGACUUGAUCAGGUGCCAAUUGAGUGUUUUAACAUGCCAAAACUUUUGAAUGCUUGCUUCACAGAACUGGCUUCCUAACUAUUUUUCAUAGUAGACUGUAGUGAGAAAUGGGUGUGAAUACUACUUCAAUAACUGAAAUACAUAACUGAAAAUGUUUUGAAAGAGACUGUUUUGCUAGUAAGAAUCCCUGGCUUGAUGCAUUUUUUUUACAUUUCAGUAGUUUUCUUGCUACUUAAUUAAAAUGGGAAAGAAAAACAGUUGUUAGAUUAGACUUUUUAAACACAUACCUUGCCUGCUUUUAGCCCCUCCCCUUUUGGGUUUUUGUAUGUUUUAAUCUUAGUAAUCGGUUGCUAUGUUUCUGUACUUCAUAAUGACUAAUGUAUACCAUGUGUUAAAUUAUUAAACAAAAUCACUUGUUUAUGGUCCAUAA